AUGGACAUCCACCGCUGUCGAUUCGUAUCUUAUAAUCCGCAGGCAAUCAAUUCGCUUGCAUUCUCACAUCCUCCCUCCGCAGAUCUUGCCGGACGCGGCGUACCGACUCUUCGACUAGCGAUCGGUCGUGCGAACGGCGACAUCGAGUUAUGGAAUCCUAUGCGCGGAGCCUGGUUCCAGGAGACUGUGCUGCGGGGUGGGAAAGACCGAAGCAUUGAAGGACUGGCUUGGACCCAAGACCCCCAAGAAGAUGGCCCCAUGAAUUCUAAAUUGCCGGGAAAGCUGCGCCUAUUCAGCAUUGGCUAUUCCACAGCCGUUACCGAGUGGGACUUGGAACAAGGCCGUCCUCUGCGCCAUUCCAGCGGAAACUAUGGUGAGAUCUGGUGUCUGGCCGCUCAACCGCAGUGGCAGCCCACCAAGAAGGGCGCUAAUGGCAAAUAUCUUCCCCCCGCCGAGGGCGAGUAUCUUGGCCAGCAUCUGGCCGCGGGCUGUGCAGACGGAUCUAUCGUCAUUCUCUCGACAGCAGACGACGACCUCAAGUUUCUUCGAGUGAUGCGUCCUUCUACGAAAAGAGCCCGAGUCCUCAGUGUCACUUUCCAGAAUCGGAACACGAUUGUCGCCGGUUACGCCGACAGCUCCAUUCGCCUUUUCGACAUCCGAAACGGUCAACAACUGCGUACAAUCUCGCUCGGAAAAGGCCCUGCGGGUGGACCGAAGGAGUUGCUGGUUUGGUCUGUAAAGUGCCUGCCAGACGGGACAAUCAUCUCUGGUGACUCGGCGGGCGAGAUUCGGUUCUGGGACGCGAAGAACUAUUCCCUCAUUCAACGGAUACAGGGCCAUCUGGCCGAUGUUCUUGACGUUGCUGUGAGCGUGAAUGGUGACACUGUUAUCAGUGGUGGCGCAGACCAGAGGACCGUGGUAUACCGCAAGAAAGAUGUUGAGAAGGGUGACAAGAAGAGCCGAUGGGCAGAGGUCAUGCACCGUCGAUACCAUACGCAUGAUGUGAAAACCUUCGCCGUCUACGAAACCAAGGAAAUUAGUAUCGCUGUUUCAGGAGGUCCCGAUGCCACACCCGUCGUCCUUCCUCUGCGCGAAUUUGGCAAGGAACAUCAUCGAAAGCUGUCCAGCCUACCACAAAUCCCUCAACUAUCUUCAGCACCAUCUCCACGCCUGGUGAUGAGCUUCUGGGACCGUGAAGUCAGUCUCUGGCGGGUCUCUCGAGGUCCCGCUUCUUUGAACGAGAACAUCGAUGGCCAGAGGCACAGACUGGUUGCGAAAGUCUUGAUUCAGGGCGAAGAAAAUAUCACGUCUGCCAUGCUGUCAUCAGAUGGCAAGCUUCUUACUGUUGCAACUGUUUCCGACGUGAAACUCUUCGCUGUUCGCAAACGGAAGGGUGAUGAGAAGGCUCUAUUGAUCAAGAAAGUCGAAACCCCCAAAGCCUUUUCUGCAGAUGGCGCUCGUCUUGUGACAAUUUCGCCUGACAACCGUUGGCUCUGUAUCGUUCGCCCCGACAGCGGUAUCUACGUGGCUCGCAUCCAGUCUGGUUCAUCGACCUCAGAAAAGCCAGUUGUCAUGCCCCAGCUCGCUCUUCUCAAACGUGUCAAGCGUCAUUCUCGCCACGAGAAGGCGUCUCACGGAACCUUGGGCGAAUAUGAGCGGACGGUUCGAUCCUCCGUCUUCUCCGACGACAGCAAAAUACUGGCUGUCGCUGACAUCUCUGGAUGUAUUGAUACCUGGACUCUGGAGGAGAUCUCCAACAAGGAGGGCCCAGCAUAUGCUCAAGUGCACUCCAAGCAAGACGCCGAUUCUUCGGAUGAUGAGGACGAGGAUGAGGAUGUUAUCUUCGAUUUGGAGAGGUGGCAGCCUGCAGCCUCAGAGUCUCCUAUUCCUCGAAUGAAGGCCGGCAUCACCUUGCUUUCCUUCAGACCCCAACGGCCUCUCGCCAAGUCGCUGACCAACGGCAAUGGCCAAGCAGCGCGCGCGACUGCAGAGGACAGAUUGCUGGUUGUUACAAGCGAACAUCAAUUGAUCGAGUUCGAGGCACGUAGUGGCAAAUUGUCCGACUGGUCUCGACGCAAUCCCAAGGCCUACCUCCCAGCAGAGUUCAGGGGUGUCAAGGACCGCGCCAUGGGUUGCCUGUGGGAUCUCUUUGAAGGCCGUGAGCGGGUCUGGCUCUAUGGACCUUCCUGGCUGUGGAUGUUCGACAUGCAACAAGAUUUCCCCUCCCCCGAGGAGUUCAAGGGCAAGGACGAGGAGCCCUCUCAACAGCUCGUCAAGGCCUCAAAGCGCAAGCGUGACCCCUUUGACGAUGACGAAAAUGAACGAAAGAAGCCCAACAGUGGCGCUGGUGACAAAAUCGCACGAAACCAGAUGGACGUUCACGUGGGGACUAAGGUGCGCAAGAUCGUUGGUAACGACGAGUCCCAGAGCGAGUGGAUCUCACUGGAUCAAGAACGCACGCGCAACGUUGAAGAUGAUGAGGCGUUUGAGUAUGACGAGAAUUUUGCUGCUUCCAAUGAAUCCGCUCUUGCUCGUCUGCGCCGUGAGGAUGUUCCCGCUCCCGAGCUCAAUACUCCUCAGAAGAAGGGCAAGUCACUUGGUCUCAAUGGCACCAUCAAUACCUCGACCAAGUCCGUCGCGUCAGCCAGUGGCGCUGUUUCGCAGCCCGCGCGCCGCUGGUGGCACACAUACAAGUACCGAGACAUUCUCGGUGUGGUACCUCUCGGAGGAGGCUUGAACGACGAUGGCGAAGAGGGCCAUAGUCUCGGCGACAACCUGGAAGUGGCUAUUAUUGAGCGCCCCAUGUGGGAUGUCGAGUUACCCGGUCGCUAUCUGAGGGACUAUGAAUAG